UUGUCCUCAGACAUUGUUGAGCAAAGAGACAUUCUCACUUGUUGAAAUGGAAUUUCAAACGUCACUGCACAAACACAGCCGUCAAUCAGCCAUGGCCAUCACAUGGCUCAGAUCUGUCUUUUCUGCAAAAUUUCCCUCUCUUUCUCUCUCUCUCUGCCAAAUGAAAUGACCCAUAAUCUAAUAAUAGUAUUCAUUUUCUUCUCCUCUUUCCAUUGCUUGAUCCAAACUAAGAAGCACUUCACUUCCCCUUCUCACCAUGAAAUUGAAUGAUUCUUAGCCCUCUCAAUCCUGUUCCCUUUUGGUCUUUAAGGCUCUUCUGCUAAGAACUCAAACUUUUUUGCUCAAAAGAAGAUGACCCAGAUGCUCAAUCUAGCUCUUGGAGCUGUUUUAGUUACAAUUUUGGUCAUUCUCCUUGUUGUCUUCUUGAACCGGAGGGGAAGGGGAAAAGACGAGUACUACAAUGACAUAGAGAGCAAACAGCAGAGAGAAAAAGGGGAUGAAGAGAGGGAAGAAUUGGUGAGUUUUGAAGGUGGACAGGACCUGACCAUUGUGGAUGUAUUGGAAGCUCCUGGUGAAGUGAUUGGGAAAGCCAACCAUGGAACUUUGUACAAGGCCUAUUUGCAGGGAAGUAGCACAGUGAGGCUGCUGAGGUUUCUGAGGCCAGUUUGCACUUCUGGGCUUCAAGAAUUUGUCUCUGAGAUUCAGUUUUUGGGUUCCAUAAGGCACCCAAAUUUGGUGCCUCUUUUGGGUUUCUAUUCAGGGCCAAGAGCAGAGAAGCUUCUCAUUCAUCCAUUUUACAGGAGAGGAAAUCUGGCUCAGUUCAUUAGAGAUGGGAAUAGCGAUUCGCAUCGAUGGGGAGUUAUAUUAAAGAUCUCGGUCGGUAUAGCCAAAGGGUUGGAUCAUCUCCACACUGGCCUGAAAAAGCCAAUAAUCCAUGGGAAUCUACAGUCGAAGAAUGUUCUUUUGGAUCGAAACUUCGAACCGUAUGUCUCCGAUUUCGGCCUGCAUCUACUGUUGAAUUCCCCUUCUGCUCAAGAGGUACUUGAGGCUUCAGCAGCUAAUGGCUACAAAGCUCCUGAGCUGAUCAAGAUGAAAGAUGCAGCUGAGGAGACUGACGCCUAUAGCUAUGGCGUGAUCUUACUUGAGUUACUGUCCGGGAGGGAACCGAUCAACGAAAAGCCGACUCCUGAUGAGGAUUUCUACUUGCCUAGCUUUAUGCGAAACGCGGUUCUUGGACAUAGAAUUGCAGAUUUGUUCCAUCCAGAAAUACUUCUCUAUAGCAGCAUUGAUGGAAAUGCUGUCACUGAAGAAAAGAUUCUCCAAUUCUUUCAGCUUGCUAUGGCUUGUUGUUCUCCUUCUCCUGCUCUUAGACCUAGUAUGAAGCAAGUGCUACGCAAGCUCGACGAAAUCGGAACAUAACCGGGAUUCUGCAGCAUAUUAAUCCUUGGAAGUCAGCCUCAGCAAUAGGGGGAAGUUUUAGAAAAAGUUUUCAUCAGUAUAAUUCUUGAGAACCAACUUCUCCAUGCUCAACAUGAUUGAGAGAGUACUGAUUUUGCUGUACACAAGGGAAUACCAUUGGAGCUAAGGGCCUAAAAUUUUGGCAACUAAACGAGGCUAAAGAAGGUGUAACAGUUUGGUAUUUUGGAAGAAAACUUUGUUGAAAGAUCCAUGAUGGAAGCUAAGUGGCUGUUAACAGAGUAUUUUGGAAGUUGCUUUCUCUAGCUUUCUUCUAAUUUAUUUUUAUGAAAAAUCUGUUUUUGACAAUAAUUGAAGCCUAUUCUUCCUUCAUAGAUCUUGGACUGUGAAUGGAAAUGGAGAAACUUUAGCAGAUCUAUAUUGGGUUGGUCGUAUUCUUUAGUUGGCUCCUUUUUCCAUUUAUCCUUUUUUGGUCAAAUAAAAGAUAUGAAAUCAGAAACCCAAAAGAAAAAAGUAAAAAUA